GUACGACGCAGAUCUGUAAUCACUCGUCUAUCAAGAGGGCGUUUCGAAGUCUUCUCUUCCCCUCCCCUAGUCCCCUAUAGUUUCUCACCGCCAUCGAUGCAGCGUAUUAUUCAAAUUUUGCGGGAAUAUCAGUAGACGUACUCGAAUUUUCUGUUAAAUAUCGCAUCGUGACACUAAUUGUCAUAAUUGCGAUUGAACAUGAAAAGUUUUCGCACGAAGGCACGAAAGUGCGAGUCCGAGGAUGCGAUCCAAAUACCGAAGAUCCUGGACGCAAAAGUGGAACCACUUUUUUCUCUGCCGUCGGACCUGAUGAGUCCUAAAAGAUGUAAGAAAAAAGGAAGGGCGUUUAUCAAGGAAAAGGAAAAGAUGCAAAAAUUUCGCGGUGCCUCUCACACAGCGAAGCGUCUUCGCGAGGAGAAGUUUCGCAGAUUUAUGGUAGGUUUAAUAGUGAAACCAGAGCUGCCGGAGAAGGACGUGGAUCUGAGCGAUGAUAAGGACAUCAAUAGAUAUUACUACUACGUUUGCAACGGAGUCGAUACGAUUCACACGGUGAACAUCGAGGACAUCUUCGUCGAGGCGAUACUCGAUUUGGUUCCCGGCAGCCUGCGCGAAAAAUUUCCCAACUUUACCAGUGAUCUGAUUCUUGAGAUUAAAGAGGAUUUCACGAUGAACAUGAAGAAGGCCAUCGUCGAGUUCGCGCUCACGAAUCCUUUCGAGGAACUUCCCUCCGAGCUCGACGCGAUCCGGGAGGAUGAGCGGUGCAUCCAGCCGGACUCGCGGACGCAUCUGGAACACUGUCGCGAAAUCCUGCGCGCCGAUCUGUAUCUAAUAAAUCCGUGCAUGCGAAUGACUCUGGAGCAAUGGGUUCGCGAUUACAGUCAAUUUCGGCUGAUAAAUUUCGAGCACAUCGCCGCGCACGAGGAGAGCUGGGACCUGGUGAAUUUUUACACCCUGAUCACCCGUCAGAUCGCCGCCAACCGGCGGAUCCUGCGGAAAGUCUGGUACCUCGGGAUUCAAGAGAUAUUCCUAAUGAACGACAGGAAGAAGCUGGUGCCCAGCCCGCUUCGGCGCAGGCAGUUCAAACGGUUCUUCGAUUGCGCCGGCAAGCUGAUGGAGUCGCAGCUUUUAAGGGCCUGCAAGCGCUCCCUGCGAGAUUUCGUUAAUUACGUCGCGGACGGCAAGUCCGUUGGCUGCAGCUUUAAGGUGAACAUCGUCGUGGUUUCCAAGGAGCUCGCAUUUCAGCCAUCCUUCGACAAAUUUAAGGAAUCGCUUUGCGACAUUCUCGAGGCGAUAUGCAACGCUGUGAGGAAUUUUGAAAGAUUGGAGACGCAGCUCUAUCUCGAUUGGGCGGGACCUCGAGAAUUUCUCAAGCCGCAGAUAUCACGGCCCAUCGUGGAGCAGCUCAAGAGACAAAUAAAUCAGCUGAUCGAUCGCGAAAGAGUGAUCCCCGAGCAAAGGAUGGCGGAAUUGAGGAAAUACGCACACCUUUACAAUGACGAGGAACUCGGCCGGACGGAAGCUUUCUUGCUAAACGAGAGGACGAAGUUGGACGAGUACGAGAAGAAAAUUAAACUUUAUCAUGAUCUCGCUGGAAGUAUACCGAUCGAGAUUGAGAGGACAGUUUUCGCAGGAUUCUUCGAGGUUUCGCAUGCGCCCUUUAUUAGAACCUUAGUGGAGAAUGUCGAGCGCUUCAAAGGACUUCUAAUUGGCCGCCUCGUCGAUCAAUAUCAAAAUACGACGAAAAAAGUCAUAGCGGAAUAUGAAGCUAUAUCAGAACGAGUCCUGACCCCGCCUCCCAAUACCGCGGCUCUGAUGGAACUCAUCAAGUUCGUCCAAACUACCAGUGACGUCACUCUAAAGAGCCUGCAGCUCAGGCUGCUGGACGUGAUCGAGCACGUCGCGUUUCUGUCAGAUUACUGGCUGCUAACGGAAAGCGAGAUAAGUAACAACAGCGUGGCCUUCCAAUGGUAUCACAGAAUGCCCCAGAUCUUUGAAGAUAAUCGGGUGAUCAUCGAGAAUAAGACCCGGGAGUAUCAAAACGCGUUGAAAGUCAGAUAUCAAAAGUUCAAGGAGGAACUGGAAUCAUACGUGAGACAAGUGGAGGAGAUGCAAUAUUGGGGCGACAUCGAGGAUGUGCAACGGUACCAGCGCAAGGCGCAAACCCUGGAGAACCGACUGAUCACGGCGAUGGACAAGAUAGACAAAUUUAAUGAGGAAGAAAUCGCCUUCAGCUGGGAGAUCACGCAGUAUCCUCUGCGAAAAAAGAUUGCCGAUCGUUUGCAACCCUUCAAGAAGCUCUUCGAUAGUAUCUGCGAGUAUUUGACCAAAUACGACCAAUGGAUAAACAGCACAGUCGGCACUUACAAUCCCGAAGACAUCGAUAACGACGUAGCGACAUAUUACAGGACAAUCUACAAGCUGGAGAAAGCGUUUCAGGAGCCAGACGUGCGCGAAUUAGCGGCCACAAUUCGCGAGAGAAUCGAGGAGUUUAAGGGCCGCAUGCCAGUAGUAAUGACCCUUGGCAAUCCCGGGAUGAAAGCGAGGCACUGGGAACAGAUUUCUGCGAUCGCGGGCGUUCCUAUCCAGUUCGACGCCGAUCUGACGCUAGGCAAAGUCCUAGCUAUGGGUCUGGACGCUUACAUCUCGCAGUUCGAGGGCGUCUCCGAGGCCGCCACCAAGGAGGACACUCUCGAAAAGGGCAUGGACAAGAUGCAACGGGACUGGACGGAUAUGACGUUCACGGUGAAUUCCUACAAGGACACAGGCACCUACGUCAUCGCCGGUGUCGACGAGAUACAGCUUCUGCUGGAUGAUCACAUUACAAAGGCGGUGACCAUUAAGAAUUCACCGUACAUCAAGCCUUUCGAGGCUAGAAUAAUCAAGUGGGAAAAAACGUUGCAUCUGCUGGAGAACAUUCUGGAUCAGUGGCUGAAGGUGCAGGGCACGUGGAUGUACCUGGAACCAAUCUUCACCUCGCCGGACAUUCAACAACAAAUGCCGGAGGAAGGAAGGAAGUUCGCGCAGGUCGACAAGAUUUGGCGGGACAUCAUGAAGAACGUCCAAGCCGAGCCGCACGUACUCGCCAUCGUAGAGAUCGAGAAAAUGCUGGAACGGCUGAAGAAGGGCUUUGGUCUGUUGGAACUAAUUCAGAGAGGUUUGAAUGAAUACCUGGAGAAGAAGAGACUCUUCUUCCCUAGAUUUUUCUUCCUGUCCAAUGACGAGCUGCUGGAGAUCCUCUCCGAGACGAAAGAUUCCACACGUGUGCAACCACAUCUGAAGAAAUGCUUCGAGGGAAUAGCUCGGCUGAAGUUCAACGAGGACCUCGAGGUGCUGGCGAUGCGGUCAACGGAGGGCGAAGAGGUUGCCAUUCUGGAGAUCAUAUCUACUUCCAUCGCUCGAGGACAAGUCGAGAAGUGGCUGAUCGAGCUCGAGGCGGAGAUGCGAAAGAGCGUGCGCCACAUGGUGCACCAGGCGAUCCUGGCGUAUUACACCAAGGCGAGGACGGUCUGGGUCCUUGAAUGGCCCGGUCAGACCGUUCUCUGCGUUGAUCAGACAUACUGGACGCAACAAGUCGAGGAGGCCAUGCUGAAGGGAGUGGCCGGUCUGAAGAGGUACUUGGCCCAAUGCCAGGAGGAGCUGAACAACAUCAUUCUGCUGAUUAGAGGGACCCUUUCGAAGCAAAAUCGUAUCACCUUGGAGGCGCUAGUCACAAUAAACGUUCACAGCAAAGACGUCCUCGCAGAGCUAUGUAGAGAUCAAGUUGUAAAAAAUACUGACUUUAGGUGGCUCUGCCAGCUUAGAUACUAUUGGAUGGAGGACAAUAUGUGGGCAUAUAUGAUCAACUCGUACAUACGUUAUGGUUGCGAGUACCUCGGCAACACGUCACGUCUAGUAAUAACUCCCUUAACGGAUCGAUGCUACCGUACCCUCUUCGGCGCCCUGAGCCUUCACCUGGGCGGGGCACCCGAGGGUCCGGCCGGCACUGGCAAAACGGAAACCACGAAGGACCUGGCAAAGGCGGUCGCCAAACAGUGCGUUGUCUUCAACUGCUCCGAGGGCCUCGAUUAUAUCGCGCUGGGCAAGUUCUUCAAGGGGCUCGCCUCGUGCGGUGCCUGGUCCUGCUUCGACGAGUUCAACCGGAUCGACCUGGAGGUACUGUCGGUCGUGGCGCAGCAGAUCUUGACGAUCCAGUGCGCGAUCAACGCCGGCACCGAGAAAAUGAUCUUCGAGGGCACGGAGAUCUACCUCGACCCCACCUGCGCCAUAUUCAUCACUAUGAAUCCGGGCUAUGCCGGCAGAACCGAGCUGCCGGACAACCUCAAGGCCCUCUUCCGCCCGGUGGCGAUGAUGGUACCCGAUUACGCUCUAAUCGCGGAGAACACCCUGUACUCAUACGGCUUCUACAACGGCAGACCGUUGGCCGUGAAGAUUGUCACCGCUUACAAACUCUGUUCGGAGCAGCUCAGCAGUCAGCAUCAUUAUGAUUACGGCAUGAGAGCCGUUAAGUCCGUGCUGAUCGCCGCCGGUAACCUGAAGCUUCGCUACCCCAGCGAGUCCGAGGACAUCUUGAUGCUGAGGAGCAUUCUGGACGUUAAUCUGCCGAAGUUCCUGGUCCACGACUUACCGCUCUUCGAAGGUAUAGCUUCGGAUCUAUUCCCCGGCGUCGUGCUGCCGACGCCGGAUUACACGCACAUCAACGAGUGCACGCGGGACGCGUGCGCCGCGGCAAACCUGCAGUGCACGGACCACUUCCUGGAGAAGAUCCAUCAAAUCUACGAGAUGAUGAUCGUACGCCACGGCUUUAUGAUCGUCGGACUGCCGUUCGGCGGUAAGACCUCGGCCUACAGAAUGCUGGCGGACUGUCUGGGUCGCCUGGAGGACCGGGGCUUGAUGGACGAGCAUCGCGUGGAGAUCACCGUCAUCAAUCCCAAGGCCAUCACAAUGGGCCAAUUGUACGGCCAGUUUGAUCCGGCGUCGCACGAGUGGAGCGACGGGGUCCUGGCGGUGGCCUACCGUGCCUUCGCCACUUCCGUCAAUCUGAACAGGAAGUGGUUGGUCUUCGACGGCCCGGUGGAUGCGCUCUGGAUCGAGAACAUGAACACGGUGCUGGACGACAACAAGAAGCUCUGCCUCACUUCCGGGGAAAUCAUUCAGCUCGCGCCUACGACGAAUUUGAUCUUUGAGCCCAUGGAUUUGGAGGUUGCGUCGCCCGCCACGGUGUCGCGAUGCGGUAUGAUCUACAUGGAGCCGGUGAGUCUGGGCUGGACGCCACUUUUGAUCUCGUGGCUGAAUACAUUACCGCCCAGUUUCACAGAGGAUAUUAAGGUCCAUUUGAAGGACAUGUACCUGCGCUUUUGUCCGCCUCUGCUGCAUCUGAUUCGCCGUUGCGGCGUAAAGGAAAUGAUAACGAUGCCGGAUGCCAAUCUAACGCGCUCGGUUAUGUACCUGUACGACUGCUUCCUGGACGAUUUUCGUGACGUUAAGUACGUGAGUGCACUCUCCGACUUAGACAUGAUAGCUCAAGUGGAAGGCUGCUUCUUUUUCUCGUGCAUCUGGGCAAUGGGCGUCACGCUGAUGGUCAACUACCGCGAGUGGUUCAACGUACUCUUCAGGGCGUUGGCGGAACGCGAAUUUCCGCAGGAAGUGCGUCGACGCUUCGGCAUAUCGCCGGAAAUCGGCGAUCCAAAAAAGCCGUACAUAGUCCCUUUACCAACUACCGGUUCGGUCUUUGACUACAAAUACAUCAAGGAGGGCAAAGGCAGAUGGAAACCCUGGCUGGAGGAUCUGAAAGACGUUCCACCGAUCCCCAGGGACAUGCCGGUAAACCAGAUCAUCGUCUCCACGGUAGAGACCGUUCGAUACUUCCAUCUCUUCUGGUAUCUCGUCCGCCAUCACAAGCCGGUCCUUCUGGUCGGACCGACGGGCACCGGGAAGUCCGUUUACAUCAUGGAGUUCUUGCUAAAGAAGAAUAAUCCUGAGAUCUUUAAACCGCUUUUUGUGAUAUUUUCGGCACAGACCACUGCCAAUCAGACGCAGGAUAUCAUUAUGAGCAAGCUGGACCGAAGAAGGAAAGGUCUGUAUGGUGCGCCGCCCGGUCAGCACUGGGUGAUCUUCGUGGACGACGUGUCGAUGCCGCAGAAAGAGGAAUACGGCGCGCAGCCCCCCAUCGAGCUUCUGCGCCAAUGGCUCGACCACUGGACCUGGUACGACCGGAAGGAGAUGAUGCCGUUCAAGCUCAUAGACGUUCAGUUGAUGUGCGCGAUGAGUCCGCCCGCGGGCGGGCGUGACGUCACGCCGAGGUUCAAGCGGCACUUCGUCACCCUGGCGAUCUCCGAGUUCGACGACGACGUCCUGGUCACUAUAUUCGGCAGGAUCACCGCCUGGCACUUCGCUACCCGCGGCUUCCCGGACUACUUCGAGCCAUGCAUCGAUCAGGUGGUCCACGCCACUCUGGACGUGUACAAAGAGACCAGGCAGAACCUGCUGCCGACCCCCGCGAAGUCGCAUUAUCUGUUCAAUCUGCGUGACUUCUCCCGGGUUAUUCAGGGCGUGCUGCUCUCCACUCCCGAGGCUAUCGGUGAUCUGAUAAGCAUGAAGCGUUUGUGGGUCCACGAGGUGCUCCGAGUCUACGGGGACCGAUUGGUCGACGAAGCCGACAGCAGGUGGCUCGUGGAACAGAUCCGAAAGACCAUAAAGGAGCACAUGGAGGACGACAUGGACUACAUUUUUCAAGAUCUGAAAGAUGAACCUGACGCAGAAUUAACGGAGGUGAAUCUCCGAAAUCUCAUCUACUGUAACUUUCAUGAUCCGAUCGCCGAACAGAAAUUGUACACGGAGGUUCAAGAUUGGGACUCGCUCGCCAAAGCGGUGGAGGAGUAUCUCGUAGAGUACAACGAUAUCUCGAAGACGCCCAUGGACCUGGUACUCUUCAGGUUUGCGAUAGAGCAUCUCUCGAAGAUCUGCCGGGUGAUGAUGCAGCCGCGCAGCCACGCUCUUCUGGUCGGCAUGGGCGGCUCAGGCCGGCAAUCCCUGACGAAGUUGGCAGCUCACAUAUCCGACUACGAGCUCUUCCAGGUGCAGAUAUCCCAGCAGUACGGCAUAUACGAGUGGCACGAGGACCUGAAGAACAUUCUGCGGAAGAGCGCCGCGGCCGACCUGCACACGGUGUUUCUCUUCAUGGACACGCAGAUCAAGGAGGAAGCCUUCCUGGAGGACAUCAGCAAUCUCCUGAACUCCGGCGAGGUGCCCAAUCUCUUCGCGGCGGACGAGAAGUCCGAGAUUUGCGAAAAGAUGCGGAUCAUCGAUCGACAGAGGGACAGAUCCGUGCAGACGGACGGCAGUCCGGUGGCGCUCUUCAACUUCUUCGUGCAGACGGUACGCGAGCACUUGCACGUGGUGGUGACGAUGUCGCCGAUCGGCGACAACUUCCGCACCCGGAUCCGCAAGUUCCCAGCGCUGGUCAACUGCUGCACCAUCGACUGGCUGCAGCCCUGGCCGGAGGACGCCCUGCUAGCAGUCGCCACGCAAUUCCUCGGCGAGAUCGACAUGCCGAGCGACGAACGUCACGCCUGCAUCGCGAUGUGCCAGUACUUCCACACGUCCACGCAGGAGCUGACGAGGGACUUCCUGAGGCAGUUGAAUCGCCACAACUACGUCACGCCGACGUCCUACCUGGAGCUCAUCAACACGUUCAAGGAUCUGCUGGACCGGAAACGGAAGGAGGUGUUGCAGGGCAAGAAGAGGUACGAGGCUGGCCUCGGCAGGCUGGACAGCACGCGUAAAGAGGUCAGCAGAAUGCAGCAGGUUUUGGUGGCUCUUCAGCCGAAGUUGCUGGUGGCUGCGAAGGACGUGGAGGGCAUGUUCCUAGACGUGCAGCGGCAGAGCGAGGAAGCCAGCGAGAUCGAGCAGGUCGUUAAGAAGGACGAGGAAGCUGCUAUGGUCGUCGCCGCGGAAGCCAAGGAGAUCCGCGCUGAGUGCGACGCGGAUCUCAAGGAAGUGAUGCCGAUACUGGAGGCGGCGAACGCCGCCCUGAACACCCUGACUCCGCAGGACAUCCAAAUCGUGAAAUCCAUGAAACGCCCGCCAGCCGGUGUGCGACUGGUCAUGGAAGCGAUUUGCAUACUAAAGGACGUCAAGCCAGAGCGGGUGCAGGGCCCGGAGGGUCCGAUGGACGACUACUGGAAGCCGUCGCUUCGCAUUCUCGGCGACAUACGGUUUCUGGAGUCGCUGCUGAACUACGACAAGGACAACAUCCCCGAGCGCAUCAUGGCCAAGAUCCGCACGACGAUCCUGACGAAUCCGAAUUUCGAUCCGGAGCGUAUCAGGCAGGUGUCGACCGCCUGCGAGGGUCUGUGCCGCUGGGUGUUCGCCCUGUCGGAGUACGACAAGGUCGCUAAGGUGGUGGCGCCGAAGAGGCAGGCCCUGGCGAAGGCCGAGGCCGGCUACUCAGCAGCGAUGGAGCAGCUGACGCUGAAGAGGAGCCAGCUGCAGGAGGUGCGGGAAAGAUUGGCCCGAUUGGAGACCCUGUUGGCGCAACGGAGGGCCGAAUACCAGGCGAUGACCGACGAGGUGAAGGAGUGCGAGGAGAAGCUGAGGAGAGCCGAGGAACUGAUCGGGGGCCUCGGUGGGGAAUACACCAGAUGGUCCGAGACCGCCAAAUCGCUCGGGGAGAGCUACCACCGAUUGACGGGCGACAUCCUGAUCGGUUCCGGCGUGGUGGCCUACCUCGGCGUCUUCACGAUGCAGUACCGGCAGCGGCAGGUUGAAAACUGGGUGGAGUUUUGCACCCGAUUGAAAGUCGUCUGCACCCAGGACUUCCAGCUCACCCAGGUGCUGGGCGAUCCGGUGCUCAUCCGCGCCUGGAACAUAUCCGGCCUGCCGAGCGACCUGUUCUCCAUCGACAACGGCAUAAUUAUCACGAACUCGCGUCGCUGGCCGCUCAUGAUCGAUCCGCAGGGCCAGGCAAACAAGUGGGUGAAGAAUAUGGAGAAGGCGUCGAAUCUGCACGUCAUCAGACUGACGCAGCCGGAUUACAUGAGGAUCCUCGAGAACGCCGUACAGUUCGGACAGCCGGUGCUGUUGGAGAACAUCGGCGAGGAGCUGGACGCGGCCCUGGAACCGUUGCUGAUGAAGCAGACCUUCAGAUCUGGCGGCGCGUUGUGCAUCAGGAUCGGCGACAGUAUUAUCGAGUAUUCCGAUAAAUUUCAAUUUUACAUCACUACAAAAUUGCGAAAUCCACACUAUUUGCCGGAAGUAGUGGUAAAAGUGACUCUUUUGAACUUCAUGAUCACCCCGGUCGGUCUGGACGAUCAGCUUCUGGGAAUAGUUGUCGCAAAAGAAAGGCCCGAGCUUGAGGCCGAGAAAAAUCAGCUGAUAGUUCAAGGAGCGGCUAAUAAAAAGAUGUUAAAGGAGAUAGAGAAUAAGAUCUUGGAGGUGUUGUCCGCGUCCAAGGAGAACAUCCUCGAAGAUGAAACCGCCAUCGCUGUGUUGAGUUCGUCCAAAAAUCUGGCAAACGAGAUUCAAACUAAGCAGACUGCUGCUGAAAUUACCGAGAAGUCGAUCGACGCGGCGAGAUUGCAGUACACGCCAAUUGCGGUUUACAGUACUGUUCUCUUCUUUACGAUUGCCAUGCUGGCGAAUAUCGAUCCAAUGUACCAGUACUCCCUCGCCUGGUUCGUCAAUCUCUUUAAGAAUACGAUUGACAACACGCCGCCGGCGGAUAACGUAAAGCAGCGUCUGAAGGACCUCACCAGGUGCUUCACCUAUUCCCUUUACGUCAACAUAUGCCGCUCGCUCUUCGAGAAGGACAAGCUGCUCUUCUCGCUUCUGCUGUCCGUGAACUUGCUGAACAAGCAGGGCCAGCUCUCGAUGGCCCAGUGGAUGUUCCUGCUGACCGGCGGCGUCGGCCUCGAAAAUCCCUUCGCCAAUCCCGUCGAAUGGCUGCCGACGAGGUGCUGGGACGAGCUUUGUCGAUUGGACAGCGUGCCAGGAUUCACGGGAAUAAGAGAAUCCUACGCGAGAAGUAUCGAUGAGUGGAAGAAGAUAUUCGAUCACAGGGAGCCCCACACCACGUCCUUCCCAGCGCCCUGGAACAAACUGAGCAGCUUCGAGAAGAUGCUGGUGCUACGUUGCAUACGUCCCGACAAGAUCGUGCCGGCGGCGCAAUUGUUCGUCGCAGAGCAACUGGGGCACCAGUACAUCGUGCCACCGCCCUUUGAUCUGGCGGCCUCCUUCGCGGACUCGCACUCCUGCAUCCCGUUGAUAUUCGUCCUGACACCGGGCGCGGACCCGAUGGCGAUCCUGUUGAAAUUCGCCGACGACCAGGGCUUCGGUGCCAGCAGGCUGUUCUCCCUGUCUCUGGGCCAGGGUCAAGGGGUAAUCGCCGAGGCUCUCAUCGACGAGGGCGCGAAGAACGGCACCUGGGUGGUGUUACAAAAUUGUCACGUCGCCAAGACCUUUAUGCUCACUCUGGAAAAAAUAUGCGAGAGCUUCACGAAGGAGACGGUGCACCCCGACUUCCGGCUGUGGCUGACAAGUUAUCCGGUCGAGCAUUUUCCGGUCAGCGUUCUACAGAACGGCGUGAAGAUGACGAAUGAGCCUCCCAAAGGACUGCGCGCGAAUAUCCUGCGGUCGUUCCACCAGGACCCGAUAUGCGAUCCCGACUUCUUCGACACGUCGAAGCAGCAGGUGAUCUUCAAACGGCUGCUCUUCUCGCUUUGCUUCUUUCACGGGAUUGUGCAGGAGCGACGGAAGUUUGGACCGAUCGGCUGGAACAAUCAGUACGAAUUCAACGAGACGGAUCUGCGUAUCAGCGUGCUGCAGCUCAAGCUCUUGCUCGACCAGUACGACGACGUUCAGUUCACCGCAUUGAAGUACCUGACCGGUGAAUGCAAUUACGGUGGUCGCGUGACCGACGAGUGGGACCGACGGACCCUGAACACAAUCCUGGCGCGAUUCUAUCACGAGGACGUGAUCGUGGCCGAUCGGAAAUACCCGUUCGAUCCCAGCGGUCUUUAUUACGUACCGUCGGUCAGCGAGUACGAUCAAUUCCUGAACUACGUGAGAGAAUUGCCGAUGGCCACCGCGCCCAGUGUCUUCGGCAUGCACGAGAACGCUGACAUCAUUAAGGAUCAGCAGGAGAGCUACUUAAUGUUGUCCUCCAUCCUGACUACUCAGGACACCGGACAGGCGGAGGUUUAUGCAGAAAAGUCGCCGGACGAAACCGUCUACGGCGUCGCGGCCGACAUCCUGUCGAGGUUGCCGCAGGACUACGAUAUUGCGGCCGCCCUGGACAAAUAUCCCACACUGUACGAGCAAAGUAUGAACACCGUGCUGGUCCAGGAGAUGGGCAGAUUCAACAGACUCCUGCAGACCAUCCGGAAUAGCCUCGUGAAUACCCAGAAGGCAAUCAAAGGACUUGUGAUAAUGGAUCCCGAUCUCGAAGAGGUCUACUCGUCGAUUAUCAUCGGCAGGAUUCCCAAAAUGUGGCUGAGGAAUUCUUAUCCUUCGCUGAAGCCGCUCGGCAGCUACGUACACGACUUUCUGAAGAGGCUGAGCUUCUUCCAGACUUGGUACACGGAAGGCCCACCCACGUCCUUCUGGAUUUCCGGUUUCUACUUUACGCAGGCCUUCCUGACCGGCGCCCGUCAGAAUUACGCGAGGAAGUACUCCAUUCCCAUCGAUCUCCUGGUCUACGAUUUCUUCCCCAUGAAGGACACCAUCUUCGAAAGUCCGCCGGUCGACGGGGUUUACGUUUACGGGUUAUUUCUCGACGGAGCACGCUUCAAUAUGGCCAGGAUGAAGCUCGACGAAUCCUUCCCGAAGAUCCUCUACGAUACCGUGCCUUACAUUUGGCUGAUGCCGGUGACGAAGGACCAGGUGCAGGACAAGGACACGUACACGUGUCCGGUGUACAAGACCAGCGAGCGGAAGGGCGUGCUGUCGACCACCGGCCAUUCGACCAAUUUCGUCAUCGCAAUCUGGCUGCCGACUUCGCAUCCGCCGGAGCACUGGAUCCUGCGUGGCACCGCCAUGCUGUGCCAGCUGUCGGAAUAAUGCGGGAUUGAGCUUUCCCGCUCAAUGGCAAAUCCUUGCGAGAGGAAACGUUUAAAAUGAGCUCGCUUUGGAAAAUGUGCGUUGUCGUAGUCGAUUCUAUUCGACGAUUUAAAUCUAAUUGACUUUCAACGGAGAAUAUUUAGUUAUCUCUCUUUAAAGAUCCGAAUAAAAACUUCUCAAAAAUCCGAGUUGUAAUGAUUAAUUUCUUGUUAAUUAAAUUUUUAUACUUGUGCAAUUAAAAAAUGCACAAGUAUAAACUUUCUGAAAGUUUUUAAAUGAAAUGUUUCCUAUAGUUUUUGAAUGCUAAAUUUGAUUUUCAAAUUCUAUCACGCUCAAUUUUUAAUUUGUAAUUAAAAUGAUAAAUUAUAGUUAAUCAGAUAUUUAUGGUUAAAUAUGGAGUAAAUAAAAAUACUUAUAUAUUA